CCCACAGCACAUAUAAAAAUCAUUCACCAUCCGCACAGCAAUAUCACCAAACCCACCAUCAUUCCUCUCGAGUCAAGUCUCAAUCCAGAACUCGAACCAGAAUCAUGUAGUAUGUCACAUGAAACUCCAGCAUUACAGCCAAUUGUAGCAGAGUCAGUGCCAUGGGCACCAUUCCGAAAUAUACAAGACUUUGAGUAUACGGAGAUUGCUGUUCGAGCCUGCCUCACCAAGUCAAAUGUCGAUGCUCAGCUGUAUGGGUUACAGAAUGGAUGGGCGAAGGAAAGCCAGAUCACACUGGAGAACCACAGGGACAUGGAACAAGCAUUAAAAGCUGCUCGUGCAUACGUUGUUCCGUUUCAGGAAGGCAUUGUCUCCGCAACCUACAAUGGCCAAACGUUCACAUUCAAGUUCCCUUAUCGUGACCCUUGGAAAAUUUACGAGAACUGGAUCACUGACCCAACACUUUCGCGGGAAAUUUUCUGGUACCCAGUUCAAAAGUACCUUUGCCAAAAUGGAAAAGAACUUGCUGUCUAUGAUGACAUCAAUACAGGAAAACUCUGGUGGACAAUCCAAGAUACUUUACCGAACAUCGAUGGAUUGCCUCAUUGCUUCCUCCCGACCAUUUUCUGGCUUGAUAAAGGUAUGAUAACGAAACGAGUCCGCAAACAGCCCACC